AUGAGCUUGUUUUUGCAAUUAUUAGUGUUAACCAUAGCUUACCGAGCUACUGGUAACUUUGUGGAGUCCCCGAAAAAUCAUUCUGUCGAGCUUGGAAGCAACGUUUUGUUUCGAUGUGCUGCACAGAAGUCUGCUGAAGCUUUAAUAUACAGCCAAUGGAAAAGCAAUACGGGUUCCUUAUUAGGAUACCACCAGGGUGGUGUUCUUCCCGGACAUCAAGGACGAUACAGCUAUGUGAAAGAAAUUCCGGAAGAGCUUCAUUUGAAAAUUGAAAAGGUUACUCUAGAAGAUGAUGGAAAAUUUGAGUGUCAAAUGCUUCAACCUGAAGAAGGACCUAUAAGAGCAUCAGCUUAUCUCAAUAUUCUUGUGCCUCCUACUCUCAUCCACUUCACCAAUUACCAGUCGGGAUCGACUAUUGAUAUUAAUGAGAACACACCGCUGAACAUCACUUGUGUUACACCAAAUGUUAAACCGGAGCCGAGAAUAUCAUGGUACAUAAACGGAAGAAAAAUUGACACCGGUGUUCGACAUACCUCGACAUACCAUUUGAACAAAACAUCCACGUCUUAUGCUAGCCUGGAAUUCCGUCCAAGAAAAGGAGAUCAUAAGAAAACGUUGACGUGUGAGGCAUAUCAUGAAGAAACGAAAACCAAAAUUCGAACUAACACAACUCUCAAUGUCCUGUUUCCUCCCGAUGAGCCGGUGGUCAAAUUUGUGAACGGCGAAAAAUUCGUUCGGUCCGGGGACAAUGUGACAAUUGCAUGCACGGUGACCGGCGGAAAUCCAUCACCCAAUGUAUCAUGGUACCUCAAUGACAAAUUGAUUGAUUCGCGGUUUGUGCUAGACGCUACCACUCAUGAGAGCAAGAAUGUAUACUCGUUUAUUGCCGGACCUACGGAUAAUAUGGCGAAUUACGAAUGUAGAACUCAAAACUCUCAUACCAUGGAGCCUUCGAGACAAUUCAUCAAAGUUGAUGUUUCAUAUGCUCCGGGCGGUGUCGAGAUGUUUGGAGAAAGUAGCAUGCGAUUUGGAGAAACUGCCAAUAUCCAAUGCAAAUCAUUCCCAUCGAAUCCAGCGUCACAAAUUUCUUGGCUUGUCAAUGGUCAUCCUGUCACAACAUCUGCACAAAGUGAAUACUCAAAGGAAUUUGGAAAAGUGACUGUAUCUAAUUUGACUAUCAAUUCAAAUGAAGUAAAUGUUGCCAAACACCAAAUUACUGUUGAAUGUACCGCAAGAAAUGUCGAGGGAUCCACAUCAAAGCAACACAUUAUCAAAAUUCUUGCUCCUCCUUUGGUUCCUCGUAUUUCUGGACUUGAGGAUAUGUAUUAUUUUGAGGGAGACGUUGUUAAUGUCACCUGUGAAGCUCACGGUGGAAAUCCGCUUGCAGAACUAUCUUGGUUCCGUGGUUAUGAAAAGAUAAAUGGAGCCCGAAACGAGAUUGCUGGAGAUUCGUCAAUUUCUUCGCUUUCCCUUCGAAUGGAUCGAUCAAUGAAUAUGCAAAGAUUGAAAUGUGAAGCAAUGAAUGCUGCAUUAGACGAUCCCUUGGUCGAAUCUAGACAACUUAGCGUUUACUAUCCACCAAGACGCCUAAUUAUUCGUCCGCCCGAGGCAAGUAGUCAUCAUCAUCUCGUUGGCAAAACCGCGCGGCUUCUCUGCGCAGCACCUGCUUCAAACCCAGCUGCUCAGAUAUCAUGGUAUUUCUAUCCAAAUGGUGACACUAAUCCGUUGAUUUACAAUGGUGAUACAAUUCUCAACGAAACUACAAGAGAAUCAGGUUAUACCGUUGAAAAUGUCGUCUCUUUUGUGCCGACAGAAGCUCACGAUGGAACAAUUGUUCGAUGUGUGGCGAGUCAUCCCGAUUGGAAACAUUCCAUCAAUACUACAUAUGCAUUGAAUGUGCUAUACCCACCGAGAAUGAUUGUUGAUAAUCCAGUCACCAUUAUUGUAGCCGAAGGAGAUUCGUUCCGCGAAAAUCUUACUGUAAAAGGGAACCCACCAGUUUCUUCAUGGCAAUGGCGUAAGAAUGGUGUACCAUUUGAUCACACCAUUGGUAAAGUAUUUGCGAGAGGAGCAAUAUUGUCUGGUAAAAAUCUCAAGAGCACGGAUGCUGGAACAUACACAAUGAUUGCUACAAAUAGUGUAGGGAGCACCAAUAUUACCAUUAAAUUAGCCGUUGAAUAUAGUGCAAGGAUUACAAGCAUUUCUUCUCCUAUUAUUGCUUCGGAUGGUGACACUGUUCUUCUCGAAUGUGAAGCUGAUGGAGAGCCCAAGAAAGCUAACAUGGUUCAAUGGUUUCGUCAUGGGCAUCAAUUGGAAGCUGUCCAUAGAGGCGAUACUCGCGCAGUGCUCCGUUUGAAUGCUUCUCAAAAAGAUUCCGGUGAAUACAUCUGCCGCGCUGACAAUGGUAUUGGAUAUGCCGCUGAAGGAAAAGCUUAUGUUCUUGUCAAUUCGGCUCCAAAAAUUCUACAUCUUCCUUUGCUAUCAAAAGCCGCCGGCUCUCUUGGAGGGGUUGCGCGUGCGCGAUGUAGAGCUCAGGCGGUCCCUGUUGCCGAGUUUAUUUGGGAUCGUGGAGGUCAAGUGAUUAAGGGAAACAGUACUAAAUAUUCUAUGAUUACCGUUCAAUUGGAUUACUUCACAUUUGAGAGUACAUUAUGGAUCAAAAAUCUUGCACCUGAUGACUAUAACAAACAAAUUAGAUGUGCUGCUCAAAACAUGUUCGGAUCUGAUGUAACAGCUAUCCCAAUUGGCCCUCUUUCACCUCCGGAUACCCCAGUUUCCGUGAAAAUGACCAAUUCCACUUCCAACACAAUUUCGAUUGCUUGGGAGCCCGGAUUUGACGGAGGAUCGGAUCAAAUCUUUGAGGUGAAAUAUCAAAAGUAUAAUGAGGAAUUAAUUCAUUUGGUGAACACCACUCACACGAACCUGCGACUCUCUGGCUUAGCCCCCGCAAAAGUGUACGAAUUCCAAAUUCGUGCAAUUAAUGCUCGCGGUUUUUCGUCGGACUGGACACGACCACCAUUGACACUCGCGACGUUAAACGAAGACGGCGUUGAUGUUGCCAUGGUGCACAACAGAAGGAAUAAAUGGCCCGAAUUGUUCCCAAUUAUACUUAUUAUAAUUGUGGCGUGCGCUUUAGCCAAUGUUCUAUUGGUUUGCUACUUGUGUAAUAGAAACCGAAAGAAGAAGCUGAGAGAAAAAACUGAGAUGGUUCGCACUGCUAUCAAUAGCGAUGGUGUUCGUCCAGUUCAGAUGUACGGCACAAUGAUACAAAAAGAUGGAAGUACUCGUCUUGAUGUCGAUGAUAUGCCUGAUGCGAGUGAAGACGAUCACUCAAUUAGAACAAUGAUUGAAGUUUCUCCGAAUGGUUACAUGCAACCAAUUGAUCCCUCAAUGUACGAGAGGAGUUGCUUAGUAGAAUACGAAUUUGAUCCGCGAGAUUAUCCGUCAAGUCGGCAUGGCACUCUUGGAAGGAACAGUACGUACACAAAUAUGCCAUACCCGGAACCGCCGCCACCGCAAUCGUCAAUCUACGCCGACAGAUCGCUUUCGAGACGACAAAAUAGCGGAACGAUAAAUAACAAUCAUAGUCCGCAGCACCAUCUCUCAACUUUCAUUCAUCCAAACUCUGGAGUACGAGCUGGACCAAUUCAUUAUUCCCAACUUGAUGGAGAUUUGGUCUAA